AGAAAUGAACCUUCUUUUAGCGGGCGUGUAGCGCUAGCGCGCUGUGACGUAAUGUGUGUGGGCCGCCCGGCAGGGCUGACCUAAACCAAUGAGGAAAGGCAAGGGGCCGAUUUGCCUGUUCUCACGCCCCACCCUCAGACCCAGCCAGAGCAAAGUUUCGCUUAUACAAGGGAGAGAAGCGAACAUGGCAGCGCGUUGGUCGUUUUGGUGUGUUUCUGCGACAAUGGCAGUGGCGCUGUUCAUAGUUUCCGACGUUCCCUCGGCCUCUGCCCAAAGAAAGAAGGAGAUGGUGUUAUCUGAAAAGGUUAGUCAGCUGAUGGAAUGGACUAACAAAAGACCUGUGAUAAGAAUGAAUGGAGACAAGUUCCGUCGCCUUGUGAAAGCCCCACCAAGAAAUUACUCUGUUAUUGUCAUGUUCACUGCUCUCCAACUUCAUAGACAGUGUGUCGUUUGCAAGCAAGCCGAUGAAGAAUUCCAGAUCCUGGCAAACUCCUGGCGAUACUCCAGUGCAUUCACCAACAGGAUAUUUUUUGCCAUGGUGGAUUUUGAUGAAGGCUCUGAUGUAUUUCAGAUGCUAAACAUGAAUUCGGCUCCAACUUUCAUCAACUUUCCUGCAAAAGGGAAACCCAAACGGGGUGAUACAUAUGAGUUGCAGGUGCGGGGUUUUUCAGCUGAGCAGAUUGCCCGGUGGAUCGCAGACAGAACUGAUGUCAAUAUUAGAGUGAUUAGACCCCCAAAUUAUGCUGGUCCCCUUAUGUUGGGAUUGCUUUUGGCUGUUAUUGGUGGACUUGUGUACCUUCGAAGAAGCAAUAUGGAAUUUCUCUUUAAUAAAACUGGAUGGGCUUUUGCAGCUUUGUGUUUUGUGCUUGCUAUGACAUCUGGUCAAAUGUGGAACCAUAUAAGAGGACCACCAUAUGCCCAUAAGAAUCCCCACACAGGACAUGUGCUUCCAUUACUGGUAAGACCAUGCAGUAUUCUUACAAGUGGGAAGUACCUUAUUGCAUUUGAUGGUGGAGUUACCUUAGGAAUGGUGCUUUUAUGUGAAGCUGCUACCUCUGACAUGGAUAUUGGAAAGCGAAAGAUAAUGUGUGUGGCUGGUAUUGGACUUGUUGUAUUAUUCUUCAGUUGGAUGCUCUCUAUUUUUAGAUCUAAGUAUCAUGGAUACCCAUACAGCUUUCUGAUGAGUUAAAAAGGAUCCCAGAGAUACACAGACACUGGAGUACUGGAAAUUGAAAAACAAAAGUCAUGUGUGUUUGAAAAGAAAAAUGCAACUUGUAUAUUUUGUAUUACCUCUUUUUUUCAAGUGAUUUAAAUAGUUAAUCAUUUAACCAAA